GCAGGCCUUGCGUGCAGGAACAUGGCGGCGUCCAGGUGGAGGUCUUGAGGGGGAUCAAGUUGGUAUGGCGUUGGUAUCGGGGCCCGCGAGGCGGGCACUGGUUCGCCCUGGGCGGCUCGGCCUUGGGGACUGCGGGGCUCCGAGACGCGGGGCGUACGAGUGGGGCGUGCGCUCUACGCGGAAGCCCGAGGCUCGUCCCCUGGACAGGGUGUACGAGAUCCCGGGACUGGAGCCCAUCACGUACGCGGGGAAGAUGCACUUCAUGCCCGGGCUGGCGAGGCCGGUCUUCCCGCCCUGGGACCCCGGUUGGACGCACCCAAAGUUCCGCCGCCCAAUCCCGGUUCACGAGCAGCCGUUGUACAAGGAUCAGGCCUGCUACGUCUUCCACCAGCGUUGCCGCCUCCUCGAGGGUGUAAAGCAGGCCCUCUGGCUUACCAAGACCAAGUUAAUAGAAGGACUUCCUGAGAGAGUGCUUAGCCUCGUCGCUGAUCCAAAGAACUGCAUAGAGAACCAAGAUGAACGCCUUUUGAAUGUGAUCUCUCACGCCCGUCUCUGGCACUCCACUGAAGACACCCCCAAGAGAGAGGCCUACUGCCCAGUCAUUGUGGACAGUCUGUUACAACUGUGUAGAUCUCAGAUUCUCAAGCAUCCCUCUCUGGCCAGGCGGAUCUAUGCCAGAAACUACAGGUUAUCCACCACCUGGAAUCGAGAGUCUUUCCUCCUUCAGAUCCGUGGUUCCAGUGGAGCUCGACUGAACGCCAAGGAUCCGCUGCCCACCAUCGCCUCCAGAGAGGAGGUUGAAGCUACUAAGAAUCAUGUUCUUGAGACCUUCUAUCCCAUAUCUCCCACUAUUGAUCUUCAGGAAUCCAAUGUUUAUGAUGUGGAAGACAACACAGGGUUCCAGGAGGGUUAUCCUUACCCCUAUCCCCACACCCUGUAUUUCCUGGAGACAGCCAGUUUACGGCCACACCGCUUUCAACCAGAUCAGCUGCGGGCCAAGAUGAUCCUGUUUGCCUUCGGCAACGCCCUGCUCCAGGCCCGGCGCCUCUAUGGGAAUGACCCUAAGGUUUUGGAGCAGCCGGUGGUUGUGCAGAGCGUGGGCACCGACGGACGUGUUUUCCAGUUCCUCGUGCUGCAGUUGAACACCACGCAGCUGGCCUCCGACGAGGGCGUCAAGAAUCUGGUCUGGGUGGACUCAGACCAGCUCCUCUAUCAGCAUUUUUGGUGUCGCCCAGUGAUCAAAAAGAAGGUGGUUGUGGAACCUGUUGGGCCGACUGGUUUCCAGCCUGAGACAUUCAGGAAGUUUUUAGCUCUGUACUUGCACGGUGCUGUGUGAACCCAGGACCACUCUGGGGUCUCGAGCCCCCCGGCCCCUUCCGCACAAGAUGCUGUAUCCAGAGCAGUGCUGGGUGGCCCGGAGCCUCCGUGCUCACCCGGCCUGUGGUCUGGUUGCCGACAGAGAGCCCUUCCGCUGCCCCGGAGCCUGUGCCUGUGUGGGGGAGCUGUGGGAGGGGGGUGCCCGUAGCUGUAUGUGAGCCCCACCGUGAGCCAGCCUCUGCGUGGGUGUGGGCCCUGAAGCCUGACCUGCCCCUGGUAAGCCAGGCUCUGCCCACAGCCGGCUCUGACUUACAAUGACUUCAGAUAAGAAUCUUCGUCUCUUUGAGUUUCACCUUGUUCAUUUGACACUUGAGGAUAAUGACCUCCCGUGUUGUGAAGACGGAGUGGCCGCCACAGGAUAGGUGCUCUCUGGGGCUCCCUGGGUUCUCAAGGGACUCUCCAAACUGUGGGCACAUUUCAUCAGGGCUGCAGAAACUCUGACUAGAACAUUUGUUGUAGAUUUCUCCCUAGCAUCCGGUUAAAUAGACCAAGUACAUCCCUGGUU